AACGAAUGUGUGCGCUUGAACAUUUAGGCCUAUAUUAUUAUUAUUAAAAAAAAAAUGUCGUUCUUUGAAUUAGUUACUUCUAUUAAUUUAAACAUUUAGAUUAUUCAUAUCUUAAUUGUUUAUAUAGAUUCGGCUCUUCUGAUAUGCGAGCCGGCUCGUUCGCGAACGACCCAUCACUACAAGUAAACAGUGACAGUGAACUUUCAUUCAGUGAGGUAGUCAGUCGUGAUAUAUCAAGACCGUUACUAUGUUGCCUGAUAAGGAUGGAUCAGGUGGUUGUGGUGGAGGCCAGGCCACAUCGGGAGAAGAUCCCUCAGUGAACCUGUUUAGAGAGUACCUCCGCCUCAGGACUGUCCACCCAGAGCCUGACUAUGAUGCUGCUCUGAGGUUCCUGGAUAGAAUAGCAGAGGAGCUUGGGCUGCCCAUGAAGAAAAUUGAGGUCUGCCCCGGUAGAGUUGUGUCUAUCAUGACCUGGCAGGGGACCAAUCCUGCUCUGAAGUCCAUCCUGCUCAACUCCCACACUGACGUUGUGCCUGUUUACCAGGAACACUGGAAGUAUGAUGCGUUUGCUGCUGUGAAAGAUGCAGAGGGCAACAUCUACGCUCGAGGAACACAGGACAUGAAGUGUGUCACCAUACAGUAUAUCCAGGCCAUCAGAAGACUUAAAGCAGAGGGAAGGAAGUGUAUGCGCACCAUCCACCUAAUGUUUGUGCCAGAUGAAGAGGUCGGAGGUCACAAAGGAAUGGAGACGUUUGUGAAGCUCCCAGAGUUUCAGAAAUUGAACAUUGGCUUUGCACUUGACGAAGGUCUUGCCAACCCUGGGGAAGCCUUCACUGUCUUCUAUGGCGAGAGGAAUCCCUGGUGGAUAACGGUCCACUGCCCAGGCAGUCCUGGCCACGGCUCCAGGUUUGUGGAGAACACGGCUGCAGAGAAACUGCGCAGUAUUAUUAACUCCUUCCUGGACUUCAGGGAGAAGGAGAAACACAGGUUGAACACCAGCGAGUGUUUCACUCUUGGUGACGUCACCACUGUCAACAUGACCAUGGUGAAAGGAGGCGUGGCCUACAACGUCAUCCCUGCCGAGAUGGAUGUCAGUUUUGACUUGAGAAUACCACCCACGGUCAAUUUGCAGGAGUUCGAGGAGCAGAUUAAGAAGUGGUGUAAGGAGGCAGGAGAGGGCAUCACGUAUGAGUUUGCUCAGAAACACAUGAACCAGAAUUUGACAUCCACAGAUGAUAGCGACCCCUGGUGGAACACCUUCAGUACAACCUGCAAAGCCAUGAACAUGACUUUGGAAAAGGAGAUCUUCCCUGCAGCCACGGACAGUCGCUUCAUCAGAGCGGUGGGCCUCCCUGCCAUCGGCUUCUCCCCAAUGAACCGGACACCCAUCCUGCUGCACGACCACAACGAAUAUCUGAACGAGCAGGUCUUCCUCAAAGGCAUUCAGGUGUACGAGAACCUAGUGCCAGCAUUAGCAAAUGUGCCCGCUCUGCCUUGCGACACCUAGAGCAGCAUUUCUUAACUGGUGGGUGACGCAAAUUUGAAUACAUUUUGGUGAAGAUAUAUUUUUUUGUCACUCGAAUAUUGGGUGAAGACUGAGGCAACCCAGUUAAAUGUGGGUCCCGAAACCAAACCAGUUGAGAACUGCUAGUUUAGAAAUCAAAGGUCAAUAGCUUGGCUACUUCACAUCCUUUGUCUCUGAACCUCCCCUUGGCACGUGUAAGUCUGCUCUGACACCUCUCACAGAUAAACAAAUGUUGAAUAAUCCAGAUGAUUUUGAAUAAUCCAGAAGGCAGCGCCAAAGAAUGAGAUGAGAUUACUUCAUACAGAUAUAAUUUAAAAUAGUCAAAUUUAGCACUUCACAUUUGUCUCUAUGCCUUUUGUAUGGAUAACAUCUUUUAUUUUCUCAGACCGUACAUAGCAACUCAGGACAACAUUAUACCAUUGCAUUACACAUUGUAACAGCCUUGUAACAACAUUGUACUUAAGGGAAUGUGUUUCAUGCGUCAGUGUAAGCCGUCUUGACGAAGGGUGUGAUCAUUCACUAUUCUAAUCCAUGUAUUCUAAUCUUAAAUGAUGAUCAAAGAUUGUAUUAAAGAAAAGCAACACGGUUAUAUCAGAUGACCCUCUUUUUGAAGUUGGUAAAUAAAAUGCUGCUUCAUCCAAACUUUGCACAGCAUAACUUCAGCUGUUCCUCCAUAAUACUACUUAUCCACUUAAACCUAGCAUCAACUAUCCCCUCAGUUAAUCAUGUUUAUCUGCCAUUUUGCUCUUUGAACAACUUUUGUAACAGUUAUAACCAUUUGAUUAAAACAACAGUGAAAUUGAGCUUUAAUGGAAAUGUAACACAGAACCCAAUUGGGCAAAAUGUUCUGUUAUUAAAAUAGUUCAUGAGUAUUAAAAAAGGUUAAAUCCAUCCAUUAGAUUAAGGAAGUUAUCUUCUGUUCAACUUGGUAUCUUCCAGUCCUUAUUGUAAUGUGAUUCUAAGCUACUUUAUUAUUUACGCCAGAGCCUUACUGAUUAGCCCCCAACCACACAAGCAAGACUGAAGUAAUGCCAAUGUUGACAUAUUUCAUCAACUACUUGAAACCACAGAUUUGUCAAAUUAUUAUUAUUAUUUUUUGAAAAUUAAUUUGUGCCUGCUAUUUGCUAGAGCUGAUUUGAAUAAAGAUAUCACUUUAUUAAA